AUGUGCAAAGGUUCUGGAUCAGACGUCUCUUUAAACAUGAAGACCACCAGUAACGUCAGCUUGGAGAUGAUUGAGAUUUUAUUAGCUCAGGAAAUCCAACACAGCAAAAUAUAUAACUGGCCCUACAUUACAGCCGAACUGGUGAUCGCAGUAUUGUCCAUCUUCGGAAACAUGUUGGUCUGUGUAGCCAUAUGGCGCAACAAGAAACUCCAAACCAUCACCAACUACUUCCUGGUGUCUUUGGCAGUCGCCGAUUUCUUGGUCGGGGCUCUUGCUAUCCCAUGUGCUUUAAUCAUAGAUCUGGGUAUCUCCUACCAUAACUAUUCCUUGUGUGUUUUUGUGCUAUCCAUGCUGAUUAUUCCAUCCCAGAGCUCCAUCUUCAGCCUGUUGUUGGUGGCUAUUGAGCGUUACAUAGCUAUCAUACUGCCAUUUCACUACCGGAGACUAAUGAAGCCCAGAACGGCAAAGCUAGUGAUACUGCUCACCUGGAUCUUGGCUUGUGUGAUGGGCCUUAUUCCACUAAUGGGGUUUCAACAACGAUAUAAACGGAUAAGUCACUGCGUCCUUGUAUAUGUAGUGAACAUGACCUACAUGGUGUACUUUUGCUUCUUCGGCUCUGUUUUAACCUCACUGUUGGUUAUGUUUUUUAUUUACACACACAUUUUCAUAACAGUGAGAAAGCACUUGAAAAACAUUGCAAACAUGAGGACGAUUUCUGCAAAACAGGCGAAGAGGAACAUGGGCGUUGUGCGAAAAGUGAGGAAGACCAUCUGCAUCUUCUUGAUUCUCUUUCUCUUUAUCAUCUGCCUGAUUCCUUUACACAUUAUAUUAUGUGUGAGGUUCUUCUGUCCACGAUGUAAAGUCCCUUCUCAGCUCAUUUUGACAGCUGUCAUUUUAUCCCAUGCAAAUUCAGUAUUUAAUCCUCUCCUUUAUGCUUACAGAAUGAAGUCUUUCUAUCAAGCUUUCAAAAGCAUCAUCCUCUGCAAGCACAGACCAUCACAAUUAGUCAGUAAUGAUUAA